GUAUCCCCCGUUCAUAACCUCCAGCUGUGUAGUGUUACGCGCAGAUUGAACGGGAAAGGUGGCAGGACAGUCGUCUGUUGCGAUGAACAUAAAGUGGUAUCUCUACAUUUUGUGGAGUGUUUUAUUACUUGGUCUCCUCAGCUGUGCAGCGGACACUUAUGAAUCUAAGUUUACUAAAACGAAAAACGUUUUCAAACUGCGCACGUCAAAGUCCAAGACAAUCAAACUGUCUCUGCCAGGCGACAGAGAACCCAGUCAGGGAUUAUCCGCAGGCGCCUCUGCAUCGUCUCCUCUUGGCUCCCAAAGGCCUGACCCUCCUCCGCCACUUGCACCACUUCGGUUCGUGCGCCCAGGAAAGCCCGAGGCAAACAUUCAGUCGGAUUUUGCUUAUGUCCCAGACGUCUCUGUCACUUGCUCCACAUCUGACUUUGUCGUACGGGUCAAACCAUCUUUUUACGGUCUGGGCGCAGAUGCGGAGGAGCUGAAAUUAGGCAGCAGCUGCAAAAGCAACGGGGUUCUCAGACCAUACGGCGACCUGCUUUUCUCCUAUCCUCUGACAGCGUGUGAUUCCGUGAGGGAGCUGCCCCACGGUUAUCUGCUCUACAAGUUCGUGCUGCGUUAUGAGCCUUCGCCGAAACGGUUCCCAAACAGAGCGCACCCGGUCGAUGUCGAUAUUGAAUGUCGUUAUCAAAGGAGCCGCCAUGUGUACCAAUUGGCUGUAAAACCCACCUGGCAAACUGUUGUUGUGCGCAAACGGCUGAAAGGGCGUCCCAGUGACUUCCAGAUCGAGCUGAUGGAUGAUUCGUGGAGCAAAGCAGCUACGUCCCGGGUGUACCUGCUCGGACAGACCGUGAAUUUGCAGGUCACUUACCUCCCCACCGGAGAAAAACUGUACAUCAGUAGUUGCUAUGCUACACCUUCAAGUUAUUAUAAGUCAUCCCUCAAAUACACAAUCAUAGACAAUUUUGGCUGUAUGCUGGACAGCAAGAGUGACCCAGGGGCCUCUCAGUUCAUCUCUUGGACCAACAAGACCAUGCGAUUCUCUAUAAAGGCCUUCCAGUUUACUGCUGACCCGGACACUGAGGUCAGAAUUCACUGCAAAUUAUCCAUCACAUCAGAGGACCCGGGUCCCACACACAAGUCAUGCACCUACAGAGGGAACAGGUGGGAGGCCCUGACUGGUGAUGACUCCAUAUGUGACUGCUGUGAUUCAGUGUGUGCAACCUAUAAACCCCAGAGGGCUGUGAUUGAAGGCUCUGCUAGCACUAGGUCAUUGUUGGUGUCUGAUCAGCCAUACACAGCAGAAGACAGCUCUCUCCCCGUCAGACCUUCUUCAGUCAGUAUAAGAGAAGGCGAGGCCAUCGUAUAUCGUUACACUGAUGAAAUUCACAGCCAUGAGAACCUGUGGGAACAUGCAGAUGUAAUAAAGUAUGAUGGCAAAGAACAGGAAGGCCACAUGGAAGAGGAGUUUGAAGAAGGAGGCAGGGUUAUCCUUGCAGGAGUGACAGAGCCUGACGUCUUAGGGGAGGAGGAAAAGUCUGAAGCCACGUCAAAUGUGUUAGGAGAAGCUCGAUCAGGAAAUGAAGUAGCUAAUUUUUUAGGGCGUGAAGAACAGGAAGAAAGAGCUGAGGGAAGAGAAGAUGAGAUCUCUGAUGUGGGGCAGAUGAAGGAAGGUGAAGUGCUCCCUGACUGGGCACAACUGGGGCAAGUAAAAGUCAGUACACAGAGAGAGGCACAGCUACAUAAUGCUACAGAUGACACAGUCAGGGGUGAAGAAGAGAGAAUGAGCAUCUCGGAGACAGAAUGGAAGAAUGAUGGCCUGGCUGAUAUAGCAGACAAUAGUGAGAUGACCUGGUAUUUCACAUGGACGUAGUAUCAGAGCAGUGAGUCGAUCAGCUUAAAGACUGCUGUGACCAUAGCAGGUAUCUAUUCUGACUCUUUUCAAUAAACAUGAAUAUGCAGUUGGAUUUUUGUCAUUUGU